UGCUCCACAUUUGAAUGUAUAAGGGAUUGGAAAGGACUGUUUCCAUGGGCCAUCUGUUACACAGACUGCAGCGCUGACAAAGGUUCCCAGGAUGGUUUUAGUGCAUGUUGGAUAUCUGGUUCUUCCUGUUUUUGGCUCUGUAAGAAACAGAGGUGCCCAUUUUAACAGGCAUCAGCACAGCCAUGCUACCUCCUGCCGACACUUCCACCUGGGUCCCCAGUCUCAGAUGCAGACUGAGUUUCCCCACCCUCACCCUGGGCAGACCCAACCAGGCAUGAACUCACACCUGCCAUCUGCUCACCAGCAUGCCACACAGCUCCAUCAGCCCCUGACACCCCUGGCAGCCCCGCAGUUCCAAGACGUACCAGGACCUCCUUUCCUACCUCAGGCUUUACACCAGCAAUACCUCAUCCAGCAGCAACUACUGGAGGCCCAGCACAGGAGGAUUCUUCCACACCCCAGGCGGAUUCAGGAUCGAGUGCCCAUUCACCCACACAGGCUGCGCUCCGGCUACAACUACCCCCCCACCCUGCAUGUUCCCCAGCCAAUGGGGCAGCAGCCAAGGUACCUGGCGGAAGGCACCGAUUGGGACCUCAGUGUGGAUGCAGGGUCUCACCCUCAGUAUCAAGUCAGGCAACUUCCCCAACACUAUCAGCAUUACUUGGCCACUCCUAGAAUGCACCACUUUCCAAGAAACACAUCAUCAGCACAAGUGGUUGUUCAUGAAAUCAGGAAUUAUCCCUAUCCGCAACUGCACCUGCUAGCCCUGCAAGGAAUCAACCCUACAAGACAUGCUUCAGCAGUAAGGGAAAGUUAUGAGGAACUGUUGCAGCUAGAAGACAGGCUGGGAAGUGUGAACCGGGGAGCGGUCCAGACCACUAUCGAGAGAUAUACCUUCCCACACAAGUAUAAGAAGAGAAAACCGCUUGAAUUGAAAUUAGCCAUGUAUGACGAGGAGGAGUCAGACAUGGAUGAAAAAUGCACAAUCUGUCUUUCCAUGCUGGAAGAUGGAGAGGACGUCAGGAGGCUACCUUGUAUGCAUCUCUUCCAUCAAGGCUGUGUGGAUCAAUGGCUGGCCACCAGUAGGAAGUGCCCUAUUUGCCGAGUGGACAUUGAAACACAGCUGACGUCUGACAGCUGAUGCUUCCCUCCCUCCUGUCUGGAUUUCCUGCCAUUCCCUGGUUCCUCAGGCAAUUUGCCAAAUGUUUCAAAGUCUUCACCGCUUUCAACCCUGCCUUCUGAGCCAAGAGAGAAGACGACUCGACAAGCACACUCAAACUAAUCAAAAGGCGAGAGGGCAGGAUCUAGGUAGCAGUGUUGGGGCCUCGCUUAUCUCGGGAGCUGGUUUUCCCAGAUAAGACAAUAAGCACAGCGCUAUAUUUAUUAAAGCCAUUUCAUAAAGAAGUUACUAAAAGUCAUAGCAUGCAGUCCUUAACCUAUUAAGGAUUUGUACAUAUACCUCUACAUUGCCUGGGGUAUUCUUUGUUAAAAAAUUGGUAACCCUAUUUGCCUAAUGCAUAUUGGUAGCUGUAUGGGAAGUGGCUUACAUUUUAACCCCUGAUAAACUGCAUUAGGGCCUCUAUUACAUUUAGUAUGACUACUUCCUGAAAUAUUGUAUUAGCUUAAGUCUAGUGGUGUUAGGGGUUGUCUGUAGUCUUCUUGUGAGUACAGGUAUUGUUAUACCAGAACUGCUUCAAUGCAACUGUUAUGUGGCACAUCAAGGCAUCUUACUGAAGGAUGGAUGCCUCUGCACUGAUGGAUAAGAACAAACCUCUGAAGAAAGCUUAUGGGUGUUUGGGGAGUGUUAUUUUUUUUUUUUUAAGGGGCUUUGGUGCCCGGUACAAUGCAGAAUAUAAAAGUACAUACAUAUUCCUGCUGAACAGAAAGAAAAUCUCUUCCCAGAUUGGUGUGUGGAGACCCACAGCCGGCUUACAGUACCGGCAUACUUACCACAGUUAACAAUGGUGCAUCUUCACACUGUAGGCGCACCAUAAAAAUAUGCAUGUUUAAAUGUUGGCUUAGGCAGUUUUGUUAGUAUGUGACAAGGAUGGGCGUCUGUGCAUGAAUUUGUUAUCUGAGAGACAUGAUUUUUGUGGGGGAACAAAAAUGGAAAUGGCAUUACUGACACAGGGUAUCCUGCCUUCAUCUUGUCAUCGUAUUGCCUGCUGGUUGGAUCCUAUUUAGAUGUAUACCUUAAUGCCUAAAGAACAAGCACAUUUCCUAUGACAGAGCAACAAGCUCUUCUUUGUCUUCGUUUUAUUUUUUAUGACUGCAAAAACCAUCCAGUGUUUGGAGAGAAUGAUAAGCUACUGUAUGUAAACUCUUGUAUUUUGGUGUAUCAAAUUUCCCCAUGUGGUUGCUAUGCUGUGUUGCUAGACCAACGCUGUAGAAUAUUCUACGACAGUUGCAGUAUCCCUUUUAUAUUUUGGGUUUAUCAAUAUCAAAGGGUAUGAUAUAGCUAGGGGAAAAAUAAGCCAUUCUUUUGAAAACCAAACAUCCAUCUAUCUAUCUAUCUAUCUAUCUAUCUAUCUAUCUAUCUAUCUAUCUAUCUAUCUAUCUAUCUAUCUAUCUAUCUAUCUAUCUAUCUAUCUAUCUAUCUCUGAAAAACAAUCGAAGUUUAACUGCAGUGAAAGUGCAUUAAAUUAAGACACAAGACUGUUCUGUAACGUCCAAUGUAUUGCAAUUACACUGAAUUAAAACUACAGUGGUGAGAUUAUAGUGCUAGGAAGUAUAGGUAUAGAACAGUAUAGUGCAGUUACACAGUCUAAAUGCACUCCAUACGAAUCUAACCCAAUAACAGUUGUUAUAUAUGGGUGUGUACCUAUCUAUGCAUGUGUUCAAUCAUUAUCUGCCCCAUUGCUGCUAGGUAACGCUCGGUUUCAGUAUCAUUGUUUUUCAUACUGAGCAUUCUUGGGCGUUCUGCUGGCAGUGCCCAUAUAUCUCCCCACCAGCAUGAUAGCACAGAGCAGCUAGCUAGAAUUCUCUUAGCCAUUGUUUGAAGGAGAAGUUCUAUAGCAUAUUAUACAAUAGUACUGCCAAAAUUAUUAUAAAACUUUAUUAUUAUUUUUUUUUUUUUGCAACAGUACUUUUUAAAAACUCAUGUCUUAAGUCUUGGUCACCCAAAGCAUCUUAAUGGAGAGGCCUCUGUGGUUGGCUAAUAUAACUUAGUGGAGGUUUUAAGUACUUGUUACAUUUCUUUUAACUGGGUUUCACCAAUGCUUAUAAUACAAUAAAAUAAAACAUUACAUGUUUUUAACAAUUACUCUUUUAUUUAGAAAACAACAAAGGAAUCGCUGUAUAAAAUGAUUUUAGCAACUUGCAGCUAUCUUUCUUUAAACAACUUACUUAGCAAGCUACAGAGAAUAUAGGAAGUUGCAAACAUUUUCGCUAAAACACACAUUAAGUUUUAUGAAUACAGCUCACCAUAUUUAAACAAAAACAACAGUUCAGUGGAAUCGGGUGGGGAUGGGAGUGAAGGAUUUGACAUAUCACUGGUGUGCCUGUGGUUUUAGUUACUUGCUGUCAUAGAUCACAGGCAUACAGUGAGCUUGGAAGUGGAAUAAGAUUCCCACUGAUUCAAUGUUGAACAUAUUGGAAUCUUUCCCGGUGCAUUUCUAGAGUAGAACAAUUAGAGCCUGCUAGCAAGUUACAGCCUCAGAGCAAGCAUGUAUUAUGAGAAUAAAUGGUGUAUUAGUGCUCACAGCUUCGCUGUCUAAAGAAAUGGGGAUACUGCAUUCUGGUUCAGUGGAGUAUUCUAUGAGAUUUUUUGAUAGUUUACAGGGUGUUGUAAGUUGAAAUGCCUUAAGUAUUUAACAAUCAUAAUUUAUUACUAACUGUAGAUAUUGUGGGUACAA